CCCUGCAGACUGCCCUAAUGAGAAGGGAGAGCACCUCCUGCUCUCCCCGUCCCUGCUGACAGUGACAAGUCCCUCCGCUCCCUCCCUCCUCCUCACGCUGGGCAUCGCCUCCAUGACGGUACCGGUGUACAUCGCCGAAUCAUCACCUCCGCACCUGAGAGGCCAGCUGGUCACCAUCAACACGCUCUUCGUCACAGGCGGCCAGUUCGUCGCUAGCAUCGUGGAUGGGGCCUUCAGCUAUCUUCAGCGGGACGGCUGGAGGUACAUGCUGGGCCUGUCGGUGGUUCCCGCCCUGCUGCAGUUCAUCGGGUUCCUCUUCCUGCCGGAGAGCCCGCGCUGGCUCAUCCAGAAGGGCCUGACCCAGAAGGCCCGCCGCGUGCUCAGCCAGAUCCGUGGGAACCAGAACAUCGACGAGGAGUUCGACAGCAUCAAGAGCAGCAUCGAGGAGGAGGAGAAGGACUCCGCGGCAGGUGGCCUGGUGAUCUGGCGCAUGCUGACCUACCCCCCCACACGGCGGGCGCUCAUCGUGGGCUGCGGACUGCAGAUGUUCCAACAGCUGUCUGGCAUCAACACGGUCAUGUACUACAGCGCCACCAUCCUGCAAAUGUCAGGAGUGCGAGAUGACAGGCUGGCCAUCUGGCUGGCCGCGGUCACAGCCUUCACCAACUUCCUGUUCACGCUGCUGGGGGUGUGGCUGGUGGAGAGGGUGGGCCGCCGGCGGCUGACCCUGGGCAGCAUCGUUGGAACCUGUCUGAGCCUGAUCCUCCUGGCGGCCGGAUUUCUCCUGUCUGCCCAGAACUCACCCCCCAUCACCCUUCACCCCACUGACCCCUCCCUGCAAAACUCCACCUGCGCACAGUACGGGCUGUGCGAGCCCUGCAUGCUGGACCCACGCUGUGGCUUCUGUUACCAGGAGAACGGCACCACCGUCUCCACCACCUCCUGUGUGCCCGUCAGCGUGUCCUCCACUGAGGAAGCAGCGUGGGGCAGGUGUAGCAACAUGACCCAGAAAGACAGCGUCUACUGGGCCUAUAACUACUGUCCCACCGCCUACUCAUGGAUGGUCCUCCUAGGCCUCAUCUCCUACCUGGCCUUCUUCGCCCCAGGAAUGGGUCCUAUGCCUUGGACGGUGAACUCUGAGAUCUAUCCCCUGUGGGCCCGGAGUACCGGAAAUGCCUGCUCUGCUGGUGUCAACUGGACCUUCAACGUCCUGGUUUCACUGACUUUCCUCCACGUUGCUCAGUACCUCACCUACUAUGGUGCAUUCUUCCUAUAUGCCGGCCUUAGUCUGCUGGGCUUCCUCUUCAUCUAUGGCUGUCUGCCCGAGACCAAGGGCCACCGGCUGGAGGAGAUCGAGCUGCUGUUUGAGAAUCGGCUGUGCACGUGCGGCGCAUCUGAUUCGGACGAGGGACGGCAGAUCGAGUACAUCAGGUCUCGCUUGGAGCUGGCCUACUUACACCACAGAGUCCUGGAGGCAGACAGUGGAAUCGCAUAUAUACACCUGCAAUAGUCGUUAUGUGUUCCAGAGAG